AUGAAUAAGGUGGAAAAUGUGGAAAAUGACCAAACCAGCAACAAUGUUGACAAGGUCAUUCAACAGCCGCAGCAGCAACAGCAACUAACGCUACAUGAUGCUGAGGUUGCUGUUUCUGUGGCUGCUUCUGGGACUGAUCUAAGAUUGGUUAAGUGUAACUAUAACGAAACUUGCAGUUAUAACCAAAGUUAUGAAAAUGAGCAAAAACAACUAGAAAAGCGUAAUAACGAGCUCAGACCCGAAAUAACUAAGGUUAUUGAAACACAUAUGAUCGGUCGCAGCGGCAGCGAUGGCGGCAGAAGCGACCGUAAAAACGAUCCUUACGACAUCCACAUAAAGAUUGGGGUCACUAAGAGAUUUUUAGUGAACAAUCCAGAGUUGAUGGUCUUGCAGGCCGACAAAGGGAAUAGAACUAUUAUACUGCACCUGGCAGAAUAUUAUGAGAAAAUGAUAAACCUGCUGAGUGACACAAAUACUUAUGAAAAACUGGAAUCAGACCCGACACUCAAAAUACAAAAUGAGCUCUACGAGUUGAUAAGCAAUUGGCACAAACAGAAGUUUAUCAGCAAGCGACAGGUAAACAACUUGGCGUGUAAGAACGGCACAGCGCCACGAAUAUAUGGACUACCUAAAAUCCACAAGCCUGAUUGCCCUUUGAGGCCUGUCACUCCCUUUUGUGGAUCACUUCUCGCGAGUUUGGCAAAGUGUCUUGCAACUGUAAUCCAAAAAAUUACGUGCAAGGCAUCAACACACGUUAAGAACUCGUGGGAUGUGGUUGAAAAAUUGCGUGAAAUAUCGAUCCCAGACGAUUACACUAUUUUGUCGCUGGAUGUUAAAUCGAUGUUCACCAAUAUUUCCAGCAGAAGGGCUGUGGUCGGUACCAUGAAGAGAUGGGAUCGGAUUGCAGACGACCUACGUGCCAAUGGCAUGGAAAUCCCACGGGCCAGCUUCGAAAGGGCGAUACUUUCGUGCAUAAACAACUCGUAUUGCCAAUUUAAGGGUGUAUUUUACAAACAGAUACAGGGUACACCUAUGGGCUCUCCCAUAUAUUGCGCGAUCGCCUAUGUGGUGAUGGAGGAUUUCGAAAAUGAAAUCAUCUCCAGUCUUUCAUACACAUUGGUUUUCUCUCUGAGAUUUGACGACGAUUAUUUGAUAUGUUUGCCCAAGGAUCAGGUGAUCGAACUUCUCUACAGAUUCAACGGUCACGAUGACGAGAGUCUCCUUAAAUUCAUUUUGGAGGAAUCGUAUUCCGAACGUGAAAUAGCCUUCCUAGAUGUCAUGGUGACUGUUGAGGAUGGAGGGAAGGUGGUGACAAACUGGUACAGAAAAGAGUACUGGUCGGGCAGCUAUAUCAAUUAUUUGUCUAGUUAA